GUGAGCGCACGCGGUCACGUGAGCGCUGUCGCUGCAGCCCGGCUUUUGCUUCCUGCUCGGCUCCCGAUCUGCCGGCCGAUGGAGGAGGAGGAUGAGGAGGUGCGGGCGCUGCUUGGGGACCGCCCCGACGGGGACAGCGCAGUCCGGGGCGCCCCGCGCGCUCUGCCCGCGCUCUGCGACCCCAGCCACCUGGCGCACCGGCUCGUGGUGCUGCUGCUGAUGUGCCUCCUUGGCUUCGGUAGCUAUUUUUGCUAUGACAGCCCUGCUGCCCUCCAGACUCAGGUGAAGCGGGACAUGCAAGUGAAUACUACGAAAUUCAUGCUGCUGUACGCCUGGUAUUCUUGGCCCAAUGUAGUGUUGUGUUUCUUGGGUGGCUUUUUGAUAGACCGAAUAUUUGGAAUACGAUGGGGCACAGUUAUUUUCAGCUGCUUUGUUUGCAUUGGACAGGUCAUUUUUGCACUAGGUGGAAUAGUUAAUGCAUUUUGGCUGAUGGAGUUUGGGAGGUUUGUCUUUGGGAUUGGUGGAGAGUCCUUAGCAGUUGCCCAGAAUACAUAUGCUGUGAGUUGGUUUAAAGGCAAAGAAUUAAACCUGGUGUUUGGACUCCAACUCAGCAUGGCCAGAAUUGGAAGCACCGUGAAUAUGAACCUCAUGGGAUGGCUGUAUACCAAGAUUGAAACUGCACUGGGCUCAGCUGGCCAUACGACCCUGGGAGUGACACUCAUGAUUGGGGGUGUGACAUGCAUCCUUUCACUAAUCUGUGCCUUGGUCCUUGCUUAUUUGGACCGGAGAGCAGAGAAAAUCCUUCAUAAAGAACAAGGAAAGACAGGCGAAGUCAUUAAGUUGACUGACAUAAAGGACUUCUCCUUACCCCUGUGGCUGAUCUUCCUCAUCUGUGUCUGCUACUACGCAGCGGUGUUCCCUUUCAUUGGGCUGGGCAAAGUUUUCUUCAUAGAGAAAUUCAGAUUUUCUUCCCAGUCAGCAAGUGCAAUUAACAGUAUCGUGUAUGUCAUAUCAGCUCCCAUGUCCCCAGUAUUUGGACUCCUGGUGGAUAAAACUGGGAAGAACGUCAUCUGGGUUCUGUGUGCAGUUGCUACCACCCUCGUGUCCCACAUGAUGCUGGCCUUCACCUUUUGGAACCCCUGGAUUGCUAUGAGUCUCCUGGGACUCUCCUACUCAUUGCUUGCCUGUGCCUUGUGGCCAAUGGUGGCAUUUGUAGUUCCCGAUCACCAGCUGGGAACUGCGUACGGAUUCAUGCAGUCUAUUCAGAACCUCGGGCUGGCCGUCAUCUCCAUCCUCGCUGGCAUGAUACUGGACACUCGGGGAUACUUGCUUUUGGAGGUUUUCUUCAUUGCCUGUGUUUCCUUGGCACUUUUGGCCGUGGUCUGUCUGUAUUUGGUGAAUCGUGCCCGAGGUGGGAAUCUAAAUUAUUCCGCAAAACAAAGGGAAGAAUCAAAACUUUCUCAUACCGAGUGAGUCCCCAGAGGGAGAAAAUCCUGUCCUGGAAAUUUUAACUAUAAGUCUCUGAAAUGAUUGUCUGGAGAAUGGGCAACAUACACCACUGAUUGGAAACCUUCAUGAAGAUUUUCUUUUCUUUUUUUUUUCUUUUUUAAAGUUAUUUAGAAAAAAUAAUAGAGUGGAAAAUAUAUUUAUAUUUCAAAUAUACCUACUAAAAGUGUGUUCAUGCAGACUGUUUUAGCCUGUGGCUUUUGUAACAUGUGUUACUAAUGAAUUCUAAUCAACAAUGAACAGUUUAGAAAAUUGGUCUGGAACAUUCAGCAAGCUUUAAGGACCAACCAUAAUGGUCUGUACAUUCUAUUGGGGUAGUUUUUAGAACAUGCAUCCUCAGGAUGAACAUUUUCUAUAUAUUAUAACAAGAAAAAGGGAAAAAACCCCACAAAAUAUGAGGGGGUGGUACAGAUGUUACAUACAGAAUAAGUGAUGAUAUUUUAGCAGGUGCUCCCUGUUUCGUAGAGAAUGGUAUACAAUUGCUUCCUGUUCUCCACUAGGAGAUUAUGAGUGUCAUUAAUAAUGGCUGCUGAGCAGCAAACCUUGGGAGUUUUUUGUUUGUUGUUGUUUUUCCUAUCAGGGACAUAAUUUGUAGUAUGAACUUUCUGAAGAGGUUUUUUUUUUUUUUUUUUUCCCCACUAAAGACAAUAAAAGCAUCCUUCAAUUUAUGAUGGCCACCUAUGUACAUGGGUACAUAAAACCAGUGCAAAAGUUAUAUUUUGUGUAUUCAUUUUAUUUUUAAAACAUUUCAACACUGAUUCCAGUUUUCCUAUGGAAGAUAAUCUCCAGAAAUCAAAGCUGCAAUAAAAAAAUGUCCUAGGUACAGUCUCAUUGAAUGAUUACAGGUGUAGGGUGCAGUCUCAUUGAGUGAUUACAGGUGUAGGGUACAGUCUCAUGGAAUGAUUACAGGUGUGGGGUGCAGUCUCAUUGAGUUAUUACAGGUGUGUAGUGGAUAGCCAUGCUGGGAUGGCUAUCCACUACACAGGUGUAGGGUACAGUCUCAUUGAAUGAUUACAGGUGUAGGGUGCAGUCUCAUUGAGUUAUUACAGGUAUAGGGUACAGUCUCACUGAAUGAUUACAGGUGUAGGGUGCAGUCUCAUGGAAUGAUUACAGGUGUGGGGUGCAGUCUCAUUGAGUGAUUACAGGUGUAGGGUACAGUCUCAUGGAAUGAUUACAGGUGUAGGGUGCAGUCUCAUUGAGUGAUUACAGGUGUAGGGUACAUGUGGUGCAAAACAUUGUAUGCUUAAAGCUUUGCCAUCCAGGGGCUGGAGAGGUAAAGUGCUUAAGGACAUUUACUCCUAAGAGAACCCCAGUUCCGUUCCCAGCAUCCACACAGGGCAGGGAUCCAGCACCCUCUUCUGCCUUCCUCAGGCUCUUGUGCAUGUGAGAGCACAUGUGUGUGCGCGGACACGCACACACACACACACACAAACAUAAUGAUAAUGGAUCUUUUAAAGAGCACAGAAACAGUUUGAAAAUCAUUUCUUUUCUUUCUGAGUUAUCAUUAUUCACUUGUUAGUUUUGGGGCUUUGACCACAUGUGGCUGUUGUAGCAUAUCAAGUAUGAAGUUGUCCUUGCUAUGUGUGCUGGCUGGCUCCUGUGUCCUGGCCUUGUAGGGAGCCUUGUCGUGUUUAUAAAAGGGUUGUAUGCCUGGCCCUCUCACAAGCUUUGACCAUUGCUAUUUCCUGCUCUUAGAGUGUUCUCUAGUGCUCACUCUAACCUGGUUUCACCUGAUUUAAACAAAAAUCUUAGUUCCCAGCCCAGAAUCAUUCUUCCAUACAGAAACUCCUCCAGACCACUCAGGCCAUAUAUAAUCCAGUAUGCCUAUGAACUUUGAAGACCUCAGACCUGGCCUUUUUAGCUCACCUCAGUUUGUGAGGAAUUUGUGGCAGUGUGGGUUUAGGGUGGUGUGUUUUCUCUUCCUUAGACUGUCAGCUCCAUGAGAGCAGGGACAUUGGUUUGUUAGUGAAUGUAUCCACAGUGCCUAGCACAAUGAAUGUACAAAACUUUCCUUCUUUUUUUUUAACUGAUGUGUAAAAUAAAAAGUAAUUGGAGUAAACUGUUUGGAGGAUAAAUGGCAAUUCAAAUAAAAAGACCCCCAAAGGGUUGGUGAGCUGCA